GAGGGGGGGUGAGGGUUCACGGAGGCCGGAGCCGGCGUCUGUCUCUGGUAGCUGGCAGAACUGAGGCGGCGGGGAACCGGACGCGCUUCCACCUCAGGCUGCCCCCUUCAUGGCGGCCCGCCGGCUCCGGGAAGUCUGGCGACUGGGAGCGCGGGGAGGGCUGAGGCCGCGAGCGCCCCCGACCGGCUGGUGAGCGGGGCAAAGGAAAGGGAGAGGAGGGAGGAGGAGCCAGGGCUGGGCGCAGAUUCAGGGUUGCCACGUUCCCCCUCGACAGGCGCUCCUCUGCCUCACACAGCAGGCAGACUCGAAAGGGGAAGCUGCACACCCCCCCCUCAAAAAAUAACCCCUCUAGCGCCUCCUUCUCCAUACUAGGAAAAAGACUCGCCUCUCGGCUUUCCUGCCUCCCCAGCUUGGAAGAGGAGCCAGGAGGAAGGGGGAAAGUUGGCAACCCCAAACACUCCCGUCAGAGUUCAAAGGCAACGCGUCGAAAAUGGACAGGCCCCUUUUCAACAAGAGCCCAGCGGGGGGGGGGGGGAGCUUUGGCAGGUGCUGGUGCAUAUGGGGAGGGGGAGUAAUAAAGGGGGCAUCUGCCAUGCUCUGUAUGCUCCCCUGCUUUGGCUCUCAAUUCAGUGGGGUAGCACUGAGGAGUUAUGGGGAGAAUAAGCCGCACAGCCCUUUGGAAGGUCAUCAGAGGGGCGAAUGCCAAAAGGAGAGGGGUUGGAAGGGGAAAUGGAGGUUAAAUAGAUACCUAUAUGCUCGCAUAUUAAGGGAGGAGGUUAUAUUGUGCUAGCAAGCCCUGAGACCUCCGGGUAUAGGGUGGUAUAUAAAGUCAGUGAAUAAAGUUAUUGUGAGUUAGAAGGCCAAGGGUAGUGAGAGGGUGGAGGACAAAGAGGUCAGGGAGGGUUGUGUCAGUAGCAAAGACAUGCUCAGAGGGAGAUGAAGAAGGGUAACAGGUCUGUGCAAACUGAUCCACCAAAGGGUUAGAGGGGAUUUGGUUAAUGGCUGCAUCCCUGUAGGGAGCAUGGGAAAAGUUGCGUACGCACUGCGGUCCAUUGAGGGGUUUUAUUUCAGGGAUGAAGCAGCAGGUGAUUUGGGGGGGAGGGCUGUUAUUAGGAAGCCCAUUCUUCCAGCUCAUGACCCUAAUGCUGUUUGCCAAUAAAUAACACAGUCUGGUGCUAGUUUGCCUCCCUCUGUUUCUGGUAGCAUCUCCCCUCCCCCAAGAAAUGUCUUGUUCCUUUAGCAGAAUACACCUGAGGGUCAGCAGAAUUAAACACUGCCACCAGUGGCAAUUAUGUUUUUGGUCACUUAUGGGUAAAGUACCCCCCUACUUAUCGUUUUGUACUCACAGUUAAGGUGAGCAAAUGAGUUUCUCUGUCCUCCCCCCCCCCCUUUUCAAUCCAUGUUUGUUUACAGAGUUGUGACUCAGUGCACAGGGACUGGUGGUUUCCUGGAUCCGUUUCUCUGGAAUAAGACACUCAUCUUGUGUCCAUGUAUUGGUGGAGAACAGUGUGUUUCAUAUUGGUAGCUGGUGGCAUUUACAACUGUGUAAUCUCCAAAGAGGUACAUGAAAAGGGCAGCUUAAUGGAAACUUUCUCUUUAGCUUAUGUAAGCAUCACUUAUUGGAGAUGAGAACAAAGAGAGAACUUGACUUGGGAAUAGUUGACUCUCUACAGACCCAUGGCUUCUGGUAAGCUAUCUAUGGUCUUUAGGCUGGAGUUUGCUACUUGUUGGCUUGCUAAAGCUUGCCAGGACUGUGUUGGCUUGAGCAGCAGUGAAGCAAAUAAGAUCCUAGAACACAGAGUUGGCAGGAUAAUGCCACAUCUUUGCCCUUCAAGCUGGAGAAGGUUGGUAGUGCCUGUUGCUUUAGCAAACAGGUGCCGAUCCAGAGUUAAGAGCUGGUGCCACUGCAGUCUUUGGACUCCCUUGGACCAGAUUUCAAGAUGCACCUGGCUUUUGAACAUCCUUCAAUAGGACUGCUUUUCUUGGCUUCUGCAUUAGCCCUAUUUUUGUUCAGAAGCAUACAAUGUCUAGAUUGCAGGUAGAUGUACACAGUCAUGCUUUUCUACUGCUGUGUUAGCAACCACUGACUGUGGAGAAUAAUGUCUUGACAUAAUGUGCAGUGUUUGACUUCACAGAACACAGCAAGAAAGAUAGGAAGAUGCCUUGGCCAUGGCCUGUCUAGCUCAGUAUCGCCUACGAUCUCCUGGAGAUUGAACAUAGGACCUUCUUCCCGCAAGGCGGAUGGCUCUGCCACUGAGCUAUAGCCCUUCCCCCAGCAUGGGGAUGUUGGAGCCUGUGGAACUGGCUGCUACCAGGUUGCUAAUGGUAACGCCAUUUGGUGCAAGAUUUUGUUUGUACUUGAUGUGAAUGAGAAUAUGGAGGUGAGGCAUGGCUUGAGACCAGAGAACAUACAAGUUUGUGCACCCGCAAGUGGUGGUGGUAUGUGAGUUGCCGUUCCUCAGUUUCUUUAUGGGGAGUAAGUUUAUGGGCUUUGAAGGGCUUUGUGAGGGUUAACCUACUGUGUGCUCUGUCAUCCCAGAUUAAAAGCACCUGGUUUCACCAGUGGCAUGUUGGAUUUCCUGUGCUUUAACUUUCUUACGUAACAGUCCUAUUCAUAAGUACUUGCUUGGCAGCACUCCAAAAUAAAUGUCCCAGCUAACCUGCUGGGCAGCUAUUACUGUAACUGGUCCUUGUUUUUUUCUAGAGUGUCCCUGAGUAUGCUGCACUGUUCGAUGUCAAAUGGGCGAUCCUUUUGGGCUGAUUUGCCUAUGAAGCAUAGUCCCUUGAUCUUGCAACAUGUUGCUGGAUCCAUUUCCUGCUUCUCAGACCUUUUCCCACCUUCACAACGCGUGCCGCAAGUUCUCUGAAAGCACUUGCCCUUGUGAAGAGCAAUUGCUGGUUCAGCAAAGGACUAGCACACCAAUUACUUAUUUACUUUCUUCUCAUUUACAGAAAAGGCUUUAAGGAAACUAAACUCCUGCUGACUUGUGCCAUAAAGACACAGAGCAUGAUGAAAUUGGGUCAAGCAUAGGGCUGGGCGGUAUAUUGAUAUAUCGUCCAAAACCUGGUUUGAAGUCCAUAUCGUAAUAACAGUUUCAUAGUUUUUGACCUGGCAAUGUAUUGUGAAUCAUGAUGUGUGUGCCCAGCCCUAGUCAUAGCACUCAUCCCCUUAGCCUGUAGUGGGGUGCUCCAGAAACCAUACAGGUCCAUUUCUUCAGUCCCCUGAGGUCAUGACUGUGAGCAGCCUGUAGCUUUGUCCGUUCAUGCAAAGUGUACGUUUCUUUCCCCUCUGGUAUGGAAAUUCCUCCUUCCCUGAAGAGACUUUCCGCUUGGCACUCUGAGCAUUUAUUGGUUGACAAGUCAGUUCAGCUGAUCCAGUGGGAGGGCUUAGAGUCAAUAUUGCAUAAGAUAAGCCAGCCAGCCAGUACCCAUGUGAGAGAUGGAAGCUGGCCAGGGCACAAGGUAGCGCAGAGGGCUUGUGUAACCCUGUCUGAUGUUUCCUUUCAUGUAAUUUUGAGCAAGACUUGUGGGAAGUGAAGGAGGAAAUCAUCCACCGCUAUCUGUGGGCGUGUCUGGCAGUCCCAGUCAGGGUUCAAGCAUUACACUGGAACAAAGCGUUUGUGACCCAAAAGCAAGAUGAGAGAUCAGACAGGGCCAGCCUAAGACACAUACUGCCUUGUCUAUGCAUCCAAGUGGUGCCUCCUUCCUUGCUAACUAAUGUAAGGCACAAUCCAAUGGGAGGUGUUGCUGCAGAAGCCCCAUUGAAAUGAACAGGAGCUGUGCAAGGUUACAGAAGUACUCCUGGCAGCUCCUGUUCAUGUCUUUGAGCUUUGCCACAUGAGUCUAAUCUGUCAUUUUCAACUCUGCUGCCCUUAAUAGUAUCCAAAAUACUUCACCUGAGGCAACAACCUCACCUUUCCCCAUUGUAGGGCCAUCUGUGGGAUGAACUGGUGAGAACCUCCCCCCAUAUCUCUUAACACUGUAGAUCAGUGAUUUUCAACUAGGGUGCCUUGAAUAAUGGUCAGGGGUGCCGCGGGCAACACUGGCCUCUGUUCCUCUUCCCUUCCCUUCCCUCGCAUCUCUGCCUCCCAAAGGCUUGCACAGCUGUUUGUUGCAGCAGCCCUGGCUACAAGCUCCCCAGAUGAAAGGUGUCUCUGGGGGCUGGCCAGGGGAUGCUUCCCAGGUCCCUGUGGGGCAGUGUGAGGAGGCAGCCCUCUUUGGGGCAGGGAGGACAGGUCAGAGACCAGGGGUGGCAGCUGCGGCUGCCCAGAGGAGACCCAAGGAGUGGGGAGAGGAGAGGAGGCUGAAGGAACCCUCCACAAGGGAGGGUGUUUGAAAAAGGGGUGAGGGGCUGUUAGCUCUGCAGGCAAGGGGUGACAUAACUGGGCUUCUGAGCCCCACAGGGGUGCCUCAGAAAGAAUGUAGUUGGUCAAGGGAGCCAUGGACCCAAAAAGGUUGAAAAUCUCUGCUGUAGAUCAAACAUAACAGCAUCCCAACUGCUGCCAUACUCCCAGCUGACUAAGUAACAUGCCUGCUUGAAGCCCAUUUGAAAGCAGGAACAGGCAAAAGGAGGUAUUUUUGUCUUUAUGACAUACACAACUAUGUGCUGUCCUUCUGUCCAACCUUGGAGGUCUUGGGGAACACAGAAAAGACCCUGUUUAUUACUUUGAUGUUGGGGAGGAAGCAGGCUUUCCUUGGACCUUACCUCAGUUUGUCAGUGUGGGUGAUAAGCCAUAUAGUAAGUUAUAUUCCUUCAUUUCCUUGCAUAUUUCUCAAAUUCAGCAUGGUGCAGGUUUGCAAGUUGCUUCAAAUACGAUGGUGGGUGGUAGUUUAAGCCUGUACAUACUGCUUGGAGAUUGGAUGUGCAUUGUCUUGGCUCUGAAACUCAGUCUCACAAACGUAGAGAAUGCUCAAGGAUUAUUUUUUUUUGGGGGGGGUAGCAUUAAUAUAGGAGCCUCUAGAUUAGCAGGGGCCUUUGUCUUUGAAAAUUAAAUGGUUCUAGGACUUCCGGGUUAGCGCCAUCGCCGAAUGGCGGACUCCCUCCGAGCUCCGGAGGGAGUCUGCUCGGCAGGGGCUGGGUCCUACCGCGCCGGCGACGCGGGGACCCUUAAAAACCACGGGCACGGAGUCCGUGGACAUGGGUGACUCGGCUUGCACCAUUAGCGCCCUCCCGACUCGUGAAGGAGCCUUUUUAAAGGCUUCGGAUCGGAGUGCCGAGGAGUGGCGUGGUGCUGAGUCCACUGCUUUCCCUGCCGGCGCAGCCGCAUGCCAUUCGACGGAGAGCGCUGACUUCUUCUAUUGAAAAUUUGGACUAUUAACAACAACCCGUGAGUAAUUGGGAAACCGGGUUCAAAAUUUUGGAUUUGGCACGAGCGGGGGCGAUUUAAAAAAGGAAGUCAAUCCCCCCCCCCUAUUGUAAGCAUUCCAAAACAAGGACUGGGUAACCAAGGUCCAAAGGGAAGUAUGUCUCUGAUAAAAAUCAUUAAUUUCACGAUGGGAAAUUAUAAGAAAUGUGCUGGAGGAGAAGAGUGGAGGGUGAGAAGAAAAAUGCAACCCCCCCCCCUGGGAACCGGGGCGAUUCGUGGAGCCUGGUGAAGAGAGACGGAGACUUUGACAGCUGUCAAAGUGGCUGUCAAAGCUGGAGAAUAUAAAGAGGACUUUAUGAGGACCUUGCUGGUUAAUUUUGUUACAAUUUGCUAUAAUAUGGAUAUAAACUGUUGGAAAAUAAGCAACAAUUUGACUUUUGGAUUAGAGGAUACAAAGUUAUUACAAUCCCCCUAGAGGGGUUUCGGGAUACUACAAGAACGGUCGUAAGUGGAAAAAUACCCUGGGAUUCGCACAGGAUUUGUUAUCUUCUGGAUAGCUGCAAAACUGAAAGAGUAUUGUGUCUACAGCGGAAGACAAUGGAAUUUUUUUUGAAGAAAGAAAGGGACUGGACGUAAGUUUUUGUUCCUGAAUAACAAACCUCUGCAGAGACACUAGAUUUCUGAAUUAGAAAGUUUUAGCAGCUGAACAGGACAAGAAACCUGAGAAAGUGAGGAAUAAGAAGAAUAAAGGACUGAUUACGACACGGAAAGAACAACGGGAGGAGUGGUAAAGAUCAAGGAAAUUAAAGGCCUUUGUUAGAUUGGACAUUUGAAGUCAAAUAUUAUUUAAAUUAAUAAACUAAAGAAAACCGGCAAGAUGGAAUCGGGAGAAAUCUGGUCAUGAAAUGAGACUUCCAAGCUGAUAAUGUAUAGACUGAUGGACAUGGGAAUUCAAACCGGGGAAGGGGGAGAUUUGAAAUCCAAAGGCUGUGUAACCAUUUUUGAAUUUUUCUAUAUCUCUUAUUUUCUAUUUCUUUACAUAACUUACGCAUGUUAUUUUACUUUGAUCGGACGUGUUUAAAAAAGGGAAUUUGUGGAAGGAACUGGGGUGGAUCUUGGGGAAAAUCUUUUUCUUUUUCUGUUAAUGAUGUGGGACGGUGGUAAGAUUUGUACAAUUCAAUCUGGAUAGUGGGUUAAACAAAUUAAGCUUUAAAUUGGGAGUGAGAGCUUGUAGAACCAAAUUAAGGAAAGGGAAUACAAUUGGGGGAGGGGAGUCCCAGAAAGUAGGGAAUGAAAGUAAGGUUUUUAAAUAUCUUCUUUCUUUUGUCUUUUUUCUUUGUAUUUUUAUAUUUUUGGAAACUUUAAUAAAUAUGAUUUUAAAAAAAAAAAGAAAAUUAAAUGGUUCUAAAAUCAGGCUUGUGUACUGUGCUCAUUAUUUCUAGACAUGGUGGUAUUUUUCAAAUGUAAUAAUAAUAAUAAUAAUAAUUAAUAAUAAAUUAUUUAUACCCCACUCUGGGCAGCUUCCAACAAAAUAUUAAAAAUGCAAUAAAACAUCAAACAUUAAAAACUUCCCUAAGUUUUAGGAAACUUAGGAAAUUAUUCCCUAAGAACACAACUUCAAAAGGCAGUUUUUGGUCAUGCUUCCUUGUAACUUACCUAUGAGGAAACUCUCAGAUUAAUGCUCCUGUUUUGCUUUCUGCUGGGCAUUGAAGAGUGUCCCUUUGGAAUUAAUCUUCAUGAAGGUGUAGUGAAUCUCCUGACUGUUGAGUCCAGCUAAUCCUGAGGAUUUUUCAGUUCCAGGUACAUGCCGUCCUGUGGGAUUCUGAUGAUCCGUGCCCCCCAAGCUCUCAGCAGUGCCGAUUGGGAUCUUAAUGCUCAGCACAGCCGGACGUUUAUCAACUUUUCAGGGCCUUUCACCAACAAACGGAAGGAAUAUUCGGAAAGGAGGAUCCUUGGGUGAGCGGACUUGCUUCACAGGAGGAUGAAUGAGCUGUAUUUGGGUUUAGAACAAAACUGCACCUUGCCUUCUAGUCCAGCAUCUGCUUCCCACAUUGGCCAACCAGAUGCUUCUGGGAAGCCCACAGGGCAUUGGGAGGCAAUAGCCUCUCCUCUAGUUGUUUCCAAGCAACUGGUUAUGGUGCCUCUGAUCCAGGCAGUAGUGUAUAUUUAUAUAUAUGUAGCCAGCCAUCAUCACUAGCUGCCAUGAAUCUCCUAAUCUUCUGUGAAUUUGUCUAAAUGCCUUUUGAAGCCGUCCAAGUUGGGGACCCUCCCUACAUUUUGUGAGCGUUGUGAAGUCUUUCCUUUUGUCCGUCCCGAUUCUCCCAUCAUUCAUCUUCAUUGGAUGGUAUCGCGUUCUAACAGUAUGAAAGAGGGAGAAAACUUGCUUCCUCAACACCAUUCAGAAUUUUAUAAACAUCUCACGUCCCAUGCACUGCUUUUUAUAAAACUAAGAAGCCCCAAAUGUUGGACAUAAAAAUUGUCCAGCAGUGUAGGUGGUGGCAUAGGACUGCAAAGGCAAAGGGUCCAUUCCUAGUUCUGUGUGUGAAUCUGAGGAAGCCACUCAAACUGUGGCCAUAGCCACACUUGCCUAGAAGUAGCUCUCAGUCAGUCUGUUUAGAAUCAAGGUGUCAAUUGUGCUGGGUUUAACCCUUAACUUCUGUUUGAGGACUUUUCUUCUUUGCUCUGUAUUGGACAAAUCAACCCCAAGAAUGAAGUAUUUGUUCUGAUAAUAAAGUGUAGGGCAUAGAGGUGCCUUGGAUAAAUAAGAACAAAUUAAGUACCAAACUCCCUCACCUUGUGACUGCAGCAGAUAAAAUGCAUCAUAUGUCCCACCACCCAAAAGCCCCCAAAGUCCUGGGCUUGAGGAAGAGGGAGGCAAUGCGGCCUUGGAAGUUCUCUUACCUUUGACAUGCUUUGAGCAUGACUGUCAAGCUCUGAACUCAGAGCCUGGUUCCAAUAUUCGGCAUACGUGCAAACCCAGUUGUAAUUUCAGCCAUCUCCCACUUGCAUACCCUCUUCUCAAUAAACUCAUUGGCCAGUUCAACUAAUUAAUGGCUUACCUGUUCCCUGUUAUGUACAUUGUGUACUGUCACCAUCAGGUUGUCAGUGUUAUAACAGCUCUGAGGGGCUCCUGAAUUAACUCUAUCCUUUCUUGCAGUUACUCCAUGCAGGAGAUCUAUGAAGUUGUGUCCAAUGUGGAUGAAUAUAAGGAAUUUGUUCCCUGGUGCAAGAAAUCAGUGGUGGUCUCUAAGAGGACAGGCCACGUGAAGGCCCAGCUGGAAGUUGGGUUUCCUCCUGUUGUGGAACGUUACACAUCCAUUGUAACACUGGUGCGGCCCCAUCUAGUAAAGGUGAGCUAUCAUCAUCAUCAUUUAUUAUUUAUACCCUACCCAUCUGGCUGGGUUUCCCCAGCCACUCUGGGUGGCUCCCAACAGAAUAUUAAAAAUACGAUAAAACAUUAAAAACUUCUCUAAACAGGGCUGCCUUCAGAUGUCUUCUAAAAGUCAGAUAGUUGUUUAUUUCCUUGAUAUCUGAUGGGAGGGCAUUCCACAGGGCGGGCACCACUACCAAGAAGGCCCUCUGCCUGGUUCCCUGUAACCUCACUUCUCGCAGUGAGGGAACUGCCAGAAGGCCCUCGGAGCUGGACCUCAGUGUCUGGGCUGAAUGAUGGGGGUGGAGAUGCUCCUUCAGGUAUACUGGGCCAAGGCCAUUUAGGGCUUUAAAGGUCAGCACCAACACUUUGCAUUGUUCUCGGAAAUGUACUGGGAGCCAACGUAGCUGCACAUUUCUGUGCUAUCCAGACUGAAAUCUCUUCCAUUGGCUAAAAUCUCUUCCAUUAUACAGUACAUUGUAUAAUCAGGAGCACUGAUUCCAACAACUCGCCAUGUAGAAAUUUCAAAUGAUUAGAGUGCUUAGGAAAGAGGUCUUAUCCUAAUGCUGACUGAUGGCACGCCUGAUGCAGUCUGAUGGGUCGCAGGUGAGCUGCAGCCCCAGAGCUGCAAUCAGAACCAGGCAUGGACACUCUUGUUCUAGCUUAUCUGGAUGGGCAUGGACGUUGCUAGCAAAAUCAUUCUCUGAUCUCACCUCUGUCCUUUAUCCCAGGCGGUCUGCACUGAUGGGAAGCUCUUCAACCACCUGGAGACCAGCUGGCGUUUCAGCCCUGGCAUUCCUGGCUACCCCCGCACUUGUACAGUGGACUUCUCGGUAAGCACACAUGGCUAUAAAAGUGUUCUCAGGCAGCUCAGCUCCUGUUCCACAAAGGAUUCAUCGGUCUGUGCCAGCAAGGGGUGGGCUUAUUCCUUUGAAACGGGAAAGAAAAGUGCUUGCCUGUGAUGAAGCCCAAGCAUUAGCCAAGGAAGCAAAUGUUCUUCUCAUGAGCAGAAACUGUGUGUACAGAAGGGCCAGAGCUCGAGUGUUGUGUCUCUUGGAUUCCCUUUUUGUCUCUUAGAGAGCAGGUGAGAGCCAAAACUCCUGACUUCUUAAUGAGUGUGAGGAAGUUUUUGAUCCUAAAGUGUGACCUUCUAUGGAGGUGUGAACACUUGCUAUGGGAUACUUAACCUCCUCUUCUCCUCUCAAUCUUCUUGUGCGUUCCACAAGGCAGAGAUGGGUCUGUUCCUCAGCACCACCACCAUUGCUGCUGCCUCUAAAUCAAGCAUCCCCAAACUUGGCCCUCUAGCUGUUUUGGGACUACAAUGCCCAUCAUCCCCGACCACUGGUCCUGUUAGCUAGGGAUGAUGGGAGUUAUAGUCCCAAAACAUCUGGAGGACCGAGUUUGGGGAUGCCUGCUCUAAAUAAUCCCAGCUGUGUGACAAGCUCACUCUGCGCCUCUUCAUGUGGUCGUCUAAUUUUGUGAUGCUUAAGGACUAAUGAAGUAAUAUCCUAUUUUUGAAUGACGAUAAUGAGGCAGGGCACAGUGCCUUCCUUAAGGGUCAAAUGUGGGAUUGCACAAAUCUCAUACUCUUCCUCCAACCUUGCAAUGCACAGUUGGCUCCUUGUUUCUUUUCUGUUGUGUCUCUAAAAUGGUGCUGUUGUCUUAGAAUAGCCGGGAUAGAUUCUGGAGGACAGCUCUAUCUCGGAGAAGCUCCUUAGGUUAUCAGAAGAUGAGAGAAAUGGGGGCAGAUGAGGAAUUCUACUCCUCUCUGUCAUUCCACACCCCCCCAUCUGCCUUCCUCCCUUCCCCUCCCCCUUUCUGAGACAGGGGCUACAAGAUGGCACUGGCAUUUUAGAGAGACUGGCAAGGUUUCUGUGGGGUGAUGCUGUCCUUGAACGACCCUACAGGUCCCACUAGGAUGUCAGUUGUGUCUUGUAGGAUUUUUCCUCAUCUAUGAGUGGAAAAGGUGGGCCGGGCAGAAGUCCAGGUGUGAACUCCCAUCUCUUGCCAGCAAUAAUAGCCAGAUAAUGGCUGCACAUGUUGGAGGAUACUUUCACCAUCCUGGGAAGACUGUUUCUUAACAGGCGGCUUAAUGUAAACGAGGGAUGGAAAGCCUGUGGCUUUCGAGAUGCUGCUGCAUUGCAGCUCAUUUGUCAUCCUUGACCAUUGGCCGUGCUGGCUGGGUCUGCAGAGCUGCAGGUUUCUCGCACCUUGCUCUCGCCAUUAUCUGCUGAUGUGCCCAGGAACAAAAUGAUCUCUGCCAAUCACGCCUGCUGCACUUGGGGAGUUGCAAACCCUUUGGGAAUAUCAGCUGCAGGGCACUUUACAGAGCAGGGCUUUUCAUAUCUGUCACAGGAAGAUUUCCCCCCCGCCCCGCCCUUCCUCAUAUAUUCACAGUACUAAAAGGUAAAGGUACCCCUGAGAGUUAGGUCCCGCCGCAGACGACUCUGGGGUUGCGCGCUCAUCUCGCUCUAUAGGCCGAGGGAGCCGGCGUUUGUCCGCAGACAGCUUCCGGGUCAUGUGGCCAGCAUGACUAAGCCGCUUCAGGCGAAGCAGAGCAGUGCACGGAAAUGCUGUUUACCUUCCCGCCACAGUGGUACCUUUUUAUCUACUUGCACUGGUGUGCUUUUGAACUGCUAGGUGGGCAGGAGCAGGGACUGAGCAACGGGAGCUCACCCUGUCGCGGGGAUUCGAACUGCCGACCUUCUGAUCGGCAAGCCCUAGGCUCUGUGGUUUAGACCACAGCGCCACCUGCGUCCCUUAUUCACAGUACUAGAACGUAACAUUUCCUGCUUGUUGAAGAGAGCUCCGGCUGCCCAUCCCUGCACUCCACCCCCCCAGCUUUGAAAGAGUUAUGAGAUGGCAGACUAAUGCUCUUCCUCUCUCCACAGAUUUCCUUCGAGUUCCGCUCCCUGCUGCACUCGCAGCUGGCUACCGUUUUCUUCGACGAGGUGGUCAAGCAGAUGGUCGCUGCUUUUGAACGCCGGGCGGCAAAGAACUACGGUCCUGAGACCCGCAUUCCCCGAGAGCUCAUGUUCCACGAGAUCCACCAGACGUGAAGGGCUCCCUGCUGCUUUGGUGGCCACGCGGACACUGCGCUGGGGUGUGCACUCAUGGCUUCCUCAGACCCUCUGUUUUUAUCUAUUUAUUUUGUUUCUCCUGGUAUCCUGUCUUAAUUUAUCCACUGGGCCUGGUGUGAUGAAGAGAGACUUUUUCCUAAGGAAAGGGCCAGGUGGUCAUGUUACCUCCGGAGCAACCUCUUAACUGUCUGUUUUGCCUAGUCAUGCUCUUAUGCUGGGUCAUACAUACAUAUUUUGUUUUGUAGGACUUUCUUUGAAGCCCUUAUCCUCCCCUCCCCUCCCCCUUAAUACCCCAGUCUGUGGAUUGUCUCCCAUCCCAUUCUCCACCUAUUUUGUAUGUGCCAGCAUGGCUUGUCUUAGGCUGAGGACAGUGCCGAACCCUGUUUCUCUGGGGAACGGGGCAGUGGAAGCUCAUAGCAUGUGAUUGUGUGCUCUCUUUCUGUGCCUAGUGAAGGGCCCAUUGGAAAUUGUGCCUCGUGAAUCACUUGUUUAAAAAAAAAGGAAAGGAAGAAAGCCCUGACCUGGACUGCCCCUUGACAAUAGAGAAUAAGCAUGGAGAGGCUGUACUUUUUGUCUGGCAGUCUCCUUAGCUGUUAGUGGUUGGAUUUGCAAGACUCUGCUGGUUGAACGUUGGUUUGGAGUGCAGUAGCGGAAAGGCAUGGCAGAGGGGAGCAGGCAAGCAGUGCAGAGUGGCUGGUGUCUGUUACUGAGGGUGCUGGUAGACAGAGGGUGCUCUGCAGUUGCUGCUUUCUUUGAGGCUGUGCGAAGCUAACGUCGUACUUGUGCUGAAGCAUCAGGCUGCAUUUGUUCUUCCUUGCCCAAACAGUACCAUAAUCUCUGUUCAUCACUAGGCUAUCUAAGGGAGAUUAGCAUCCAGCCAGCUGCCCCGUGUCUUCCUUUUGGUUGAUAGAAGAGUGCAGAGUAGCAAAAGAUGUGUGCCAAAUAAAGGGCCAAGGGGGAGAUAUGGCCCUCUUGGAGCUGGAAUAGUUUUAGAAAUGUUAGAAGACACACUCCAAAUGGGUGCACAUUUGCGGUGGGGGGAAGAGAGAAAGGAAGCAGAAUUACUUGCUUGUUGGGAGUUCAACCAGAGCUUUGCAGAAUUUCAGAUUCCUGUGUCCGCCAGUUUCAUUAAAACCCAUGUCCAACCAUCUUGAAACGUCACCUAAAACCCAGAGGUAGGUGUCUUGGUUGCGGCCUUUUGAAAUGCCGUGCCUACGGCAUCUUUGGGAUUAUUGAGAGAAUGGGUUGCACGAGCCUGCCAGCGCUCACCACAGCACCAUAGCUGCUUUCUGCUUUGCAUUAUGGGAAUGGAAUAGAGCAUUAUCAGGCUGGGGGCUGCUGCUUUGAGGACAGGACUUCCACCUGGUCCUUCUUGGGAUGUGUAUUCAGAGUCUUGCAGAGUCUUGGCCCCAUUGAAAGCUGCAAGUUGAGACCAACCAUGCCUGCCCAGCAGCUGUUCCUGAAAUUGCCUCCUGUUCCCAUGACCACCAUUGUGGGUCUCCCAAAACCCCACCCUGCACUUUUCCCCGGUGCAGACAUCCAUUUGUGUUGCCUAUUUUGCUGUAAACUCGGUACCCUGUUUUGAGCUGGAAAAGGAGUUUAUCUACAUUUAGACGCACAUUUUGCACAAGCGGUGUGGACACAAACACACAACUGCUGGGGUUGAGCCCUGCGAUGUGGGCCUGGGGUAUUCCAGGCCCUGUUGCUUCCAGGUUUCAGGCGCCAGAGUGUUUGUGUGCCUGCUUUUAUGAAGAUCUCACGUUGCAUAACAUGGGGUGAGAGUGAUCACUAUGUUUUUCACAGAUUCCUGUGGCUCUCUGUUCAGCGGAAGGAGGAAGAUAGGUUAAAACGGCAGGUUGAGGGAAAUAAAGUAGGUGGAUGAACCUUGGGCCUUGCUUUGUUUGUGCCCCUUGAGCAGCCAGACCACCCCACUUGCUCCAAUGUGAGGUGUAGAUCGGCUAUACCUGCCCUUGGAGGGGUGGGGCUUGAAGUUGGCUUUGUAACAGAGGCUUGGCUUACCUGUGUUACAAGUCCUUGCUCUCUGAGCUUUCCUCUUCAGAAUCAGGAUCCCUGGACCAGUGAUGGGGUCAUGGCUAGAAGCCUGCCACGUUUGGGUAGCGGGAGGCAUAUGGACCAUUGGGAACAUGACCCCUUCUUUCUUCAUAAAGUUGGGGGGGGGGAGCCUGCUGUGGCAUAGAUACCUGAGCAACCUCCUGUCGAGGCUGCUAGGUGUUGCCCAUUGUACAAUGGAUGGCUUCCUUUUUUCUCUGACCACGGGUUUCAUGGCUUCGCUUUUCCUCCAAAGAAUGCAAUAAUAGUUUGGGCUUCUAUCCCAAAUUUACUCCAUUGCUAUCAUUGUAAUGGCUCUGGAAACAACCACCCACUUCCUGUGCUGAGCUAGCAACCCGGUUUUGGAGGCAGCUCCCGCGAGUCAGUCCAAAGGCUUCUUAUUCGCCAUCGGUUUUGCAUACCAAUUGGCUCCGUGCAGUUACCCUGCGAUCGCCCAAACUGUAUAGAUUUGACUGUACAGUUGGUGUCCUUUGCUAAGAUGUUCCCUCGGCAACUCUCCCCAAAUCUUUCAUUUGUAAAGGUGGUCUUUCCUUCCCUGCUCCCAAAAUUGCCAGCUUUUACCGACCGAAGGGGGCUUGUUUCCAAAGAACAUCCUCCUUCUGCCUUUCUGAGCCGCUGAAACUAUUUACUUGCUCUUUAUCCCAGUUUCUGCUGUUAUCCUGUAAGAACAAACAGGCUUGCUCUAUGGAAUGCAUACACAAGGCAGCGAUCUUUUCAGAGUCCUCAGGGAGGAAAGGCUCGCAUUUCUAAGACCUGUAUUUCCAGAAUGCUUCUCUGAGCAAAUAGUUCCUUUAGUAAUAAUAAAAGGCAAUAAGCGCUAGUGAGGAAGCCGCUCCGAGAGGAAGUCAUUAACAAUAGCACGCUUCUAACCUGCUCUGCUAAGCAUGUCCUGUGCUGUAUUCAUGGAAAACAGUCACUUUAGAAAUCCACCUUCCUACUUGGCUGCCCUUGUUACAUCUGAAUUUAAUGGAGGUACAUUUGGGUGGGCUGGCAGGAAUGUUUUAUAUUUCUAUCCAUGUGUUUGGGAACCUGCCCUUGCAUCCAAGUCUGGCAAAGUGACCAGCGUGGCACAAGGGCUAGCGCACAAAUUUCUCUGUCUACACACGUUCAGGAAGAACCAGCCUGAACUCUCACGUUUACAUGAGGAUCAGUUGCAUAGAAGAGGGACUGUGAUUUCAGCUGGGAGAGCCCUGGCUUCAAAUCCUGUUUCAGGCGUGCUCUGUUUGAAGGUGAUUUGGGGUCAAGUUGGCUGUAUAUACCUAUCAUAAAAUCUGGAUUUGCGGAUACCGGGAAGGAUUUUUAAAGCUAACUAAAGUGUAUUUCAGAAAUACUUCUGUGAUAUUGGCGCCUGGACUGCCUGGCAGUCUCACGACAGUUGCUGCUGUUUGCAGCCUUCGCCAAUAAGAUGAGCAAUCUUAUUCAUGCUUACUUGGAAGUAAUUACUAUUGAACUUGGUGGGACUUACUUCUGUGUAAAUAUGGUUCAGCCACUGUGCCAGAGGCUGGGGGGCGUAAGAGGCUUUGAGUAGCACAAGGGACUUGUAGUUAUCGUAAGCCUACUUUCCACUGCAAGGGGGUGGAAGGCGCAUUCACAAGGGGAAUGAGAGAAUCCCAUUGUCUCCAUUUGCACAAUUCAUUCAAAUCACAAAAUUCUUUUCUGCUGGGAGGAGGGAGAGGGAAUGAUGACAUGGUAGCAGCUUCAUAGCCCAAAAUGUGUUGCCUCCUUUGCUUCUAAUGCAGAGACCAACUGCUGCUCCGCAAAGCUGGUUUCUUCUUGACCGUGCUGCCUGCAUACCUCCCUUGAAUUUGGACUCUAACCUUCAGAACAAUGCUGCCAGGACAGAGGCUAGCUUUAAAGUGGGUUCCUUUGGCGCAGACUUCUGUCCCAAAAGUUUGCUGCAUGUUGCGCUUCAAAGCAAUUCCGCCAUUGCCAAACAAAACAGCAAUGCGUCUUGGUUCCUGAGCCUCGUGCUCACUGUAGUUCUCUUCUGCAGCUGUGAAUGGAAACUCUGAAAGAAAGGUGCUCAAUGUGUGUAGUGAUUCUUAAAACAUCACUUUAAAUGGGCAGCCUUGCAUUUAGGCAUUUGCCAAGCAGGGAUGAAGCCCGGUUCACCAAGACAUUAUAAGGCACCAAGGAGAAGGAACUAGUGGUUCUGUUACUUUGAAUCAACGUGACCUUGAUCCGUGAUUUAAUGAAUUGUGUUUGCUGCAGUCUCUGUACCACACUCCCUUUAAAAUGCAAGAGCUAAGAUAGUUCAUGAGGCGUAUUCUGCUGAAGGUUGUAGUGUUCAAGUCCCAUGCAGAGGACAGAAAUGUUAAGGCCCUGCUAACUUCAUUUGUAGUGGAGAACAUAAUUCUUUAUUGACACCAGACGUACAAGCAGAUAAUGUAUCCUGGGUUGAUGCUUGUUUAAUGUUCCAGGUUUCUUGUCAUUACUUACUCAGCUUUUACAUUCUUAACAAGAGCUUUGCCUUCAUUGGAGUCAUUUUGGCCCUUAAAACUAUCUACUGCAGAAAAAUCAGCAAUGCAAUUUGUUGCUUGUGUAAGGAUCUUCCUUUAGAGAGAUCAGGUGGUUCUCUAUCUACUUUUAUUUCACUUCCCCCUGCCUGUCCCCAUGAACCUGGACUUUUAAGCCUCUCUGGGCACCUCAUGUUUAAACCUUGUACCUGCUGCUCCCCUCCAGUCGGCAAAGCGAUUGUGUCCUAAACAUUGCAGUGCCUUCUGCUCCUACCUGUAUUGUCAUCAGGACUGCAGCUGCCUCAUGCUACUUAGCCUGGUAUGUGCUACCUCAGCUUGUAAGAAAGGGGGGGGGGGUAUUUCCAGAAGAAGGAAAGGAGAAUAGAAAAUGAGAUUAUGCACAGUAAGAGGAAAUCAUCAUUGUGUUCUACCCUUUAACUGUGAAUCUUAUUUGAUAGCUGCAAAAUCUGUCCAAGAAUGUUCAAAGACUGAACCAAUCCCAAGAGCAUUUUUAUAGACCAAUAAAAAAAAUGUUUGCAAAAAGGUACAUGUGGGACUUGACUAUUUAAGAUUUUAGCUACAUUGUCGAUUUUAACCUUGCAUAGUUCUUCAGGUAGAAUGCAUAUACUUUCCGCAGCUGGAUUUGCCUGAUAAGUAUAUAUUUGGUACCUAUUGCAUCAAUAUUCUUUGAAAGCAUAGGAAAUGUUAUGCUUCAUCAUUAGUGCCUAAGCCAGAGCUUUCCAAACUCCGCUUCGCAACGUGUUAAGUGUGUCGGCUGCAAUGUGUAGGUGUGUUGCAUGAACGCUCCCCACACUCCUCCCAGGGCUGGAGAGGGGUUAUUUAAACCUUGGUUUGCUACUAAAACUGAAUGGCUGUGUCGCGAAAUGAUGCAUAUCUAAAAAGUGUCACCAACAUGGAAAGCUCUGGCUUAAGCCUUCAAUUUAGCACAGAAUGCAUGGCUGCUGAGUGUAUGGAGAGAAGGUUGGGUAUAAGCCUAGUCUGGCUUAUAUACAUAGGGCUGUGCUUUACAACAUGGGUGGUGAUAACUGGCAAUACCUAUAGCACAAGGUCAAAACAAACACUGAACAUGGCAAGGCAGACAAUGGUGUAAUUGCGAAACUAUGAAGUACAACAUCCCCACCCCUCUCUGAGUCCUCAACUAGGUCGGGACCCAGAACUGUCAGGCAUGGCAAGAUGCAACGUGAGUUCUACCUUUGAAAAUUCUGGUGACUAUGCUGCUGCUGCAGCAGAUGGCAAAUCACAACAGCUAUGUUCCCCCUAAUAGGUAUUUUUUUCCAAAAGGAAAGCUGACUACUGUAUUUUUCCGUGUGUAAGACAAUAUUUUUUCCUUAGAAAUAGU